AUGGCCAGCAUUCAGCCUACUUCGCACGAGCCUUGGUCUCUCACGGAUCCAAUAAGUCUGGAGACUGAUCUGCAUUUCGCCGGGUUGGAAACUGAUCCUGGGAUACACUAUCCACGGGUGAUGGGUCACGAAAGUACAGGUUUUGACCCUAUCAACUUCGAGGCGACCUCCGCCAACAGGGCUCUUUGGGAGGAGGGACCAGUAUCCUCGCUGGCGCCGAACACCUUUGGCCAUUUCUUUUGGCCAUACAGCUUUUCGAGCCGAACGAUCGUGCAGGAGGCAGCGGUAGUUGCGGUGAUCGGGCUGGGAGGGGUGGGACUGAGCGCCGUGAUGGGUGCACAGAUUUCCUGUUGCAAGACAAUAAUCAGUAUUGCGAGGAACAAAGCCCGGCUCAAUCUGACGCUGGAGCUGGCAGCGACACACCUGGUUCAGAUCGAUCCCAGUGCCGAUAUCGGACCCGUGACACAAGCAGUUCGUGCAUUGACCGGGGGUUCCGGCUCAGCUGCCAUACCUGAACUGGUGGCUGAAGGUAUAUGCAUGGCAGCCAACAAGGGUAGGAUUGUUCAGCUGGGAACAGCACCCGAGGCAACAACGAUCAGUUUCCAAUCCAUGAGUUCAUGGUUGCAGGCAAGCAGUAUAUGGGGGUUUUUGAAGGAGAUGACCACCGGUUCCUCGACAGCUUGUGCCUAG